UAGGAGGGAUCUCGUAGGUUCCCGGCGGCCCUCGCGAGGGAUACUGGUUUUCCGGACGUCAGGAGAUGGCUGGAGCUAGCUCCGCCGCGGUGUCUGGGGCCGGCACGCCGGUGGCUGGGCCCUCGGGCCGGGACCUGUUCGCGGAAGGGCUGCUGGAAUUCCUGAGGCCUGCGGUGCAGCAGCUCGACUCGCACGUGCACGCGGUUCGGGAGAGUCAGGUGGAGCUGCGGGAACAGAUCGACAAUUUGGCCACUGAACUCUGCAGAAUCAAUGAAGACCAGAAGGUGGCUUUGGACCUAGAUCCCUAUGUGAAGAAGCUCCUUAAUGCCAGAAGACGGGUAGUCUUGAUUAAUAACAUCUUACAGAAUGCUCAGGAGCGAUUGAGACGGUUGAACCACAGUGUGGCCAAGGAGACAGUUAGACGGCGUGCUAUGCUAGAGUCAGGGGGCUACCCUUCUGGUUCCCCAAGCAAAUAAUGCAUCGAAGAAGUUGAACCUCCUGCUCUCCAGUUGCCUUGCUUCAACCGUGACUCUAGAAGACACUUGACUUGGAAGGAUAAGGAAUAAGACAGCAGCCUUAUCAUUUGUGUAAUGAGCAAUUGGAGCUAGAUUUGUUAGAAUGGGAUCAGAAUUAGCCCCUUGCCUACAUUCAGGUUGAGCAAGUUCCAUGAGAAUUGGUUCCCAAGGUUUUUUUGUGUUAAAGGGCUGUUUGAGUGCAGGCUUAUAAAAGAGAAAGCUGUAGACUCCAAAUCUGCCCAUCAUCUUGAUCCCCUUAGCCUGGAUGACAUUUUUCCUGCUAGGUGCUAAAUCGCUGGUCCCUGGACAGCAUGCCUUUCCUCAAAGGGACCUACUUUCUCCUAUGCUUGCACUGAGGAUUUGAGGGGGAAGGAUCUUGGUGAGGAGGCCUUGUCCAUCCACCCUUCUGAUUGCACUAGCUUUUAGCUGCUGUAGCAGCACUUCUAUUACUAUAUAAUUCAAUAAAUGUCAUAUUAAUGCUGUAACCCUGUAUUUAGGUUUACUCCUCCAUCAGAGUAGGUAUAGACUAGAUGCUCAAGCUUCUGAAGAUUUUCACUUUCUGUGCCUCUCCCAAUGGAGUUAGCCAAAUUUCUAAUCAUGAUGAAGCUUAACUUGGAGUAGAUUAAGGAGGAGACAUGGGGAGAGUGUUACAAUAAUUUCCUCAAGCCAUAAUUUGGCAAGAGGCCAAAAAAAAACAACAAAAAGCAAAAGUUCCAACAUUAAUUGAUUAAAAAAGGGGGGGGGGAAAGAACCUUACAAGGAAAUACUUUUAAUAAGUGUCUAGAAAAAAAGACAAACAACUUUCAGACACUAACAGUUCACAAUAAUUUCAACAGCAAUAACAAAAAAAAAAAACACCUGGAUAAUUUUGGUCUUAACGGGGUUUCCAGAGUUGGUUGUUCUGUGGAGGGCUUAGUGGGGUGUGUGUGUGAAAAUCUAUAAAAGAACAAAGCACUGGAAGGCUGAUAUCUUCCUUUGUGGCCCAGGCCACAAACGUGAGAUUCCUGUAGCUGAGUCAGGGGAGCAUCAAAUCACCUACAAGACAAUGCUUCUUUCUCCACAGCUUCCAGGGGUUUUCAGCCUUAUUUUUCCUUCCCACCAUCCCCUCAUCCUCACACAUGCCACUACCCAAGGUCUACAAAGGAAGCCUGUUGCCUUUGGCAGCUGAGAAAACAAAUCAGAAUCACUCUUGGGUCUCCAUGCUCUCUUCUUCCUCUCCUUGAGGUGGCUCCUCUGCAUUCUCCUCUUCUUCCUCACCUUCCUUCUUUUCUGGAGGCUUCUCAUAAGCUUUUUCAGAAGGUGUCACUAUCACUCCAUCCCAGGUAGACAUUUCUGAAGCAAGAUCUAAAAAGGAAAGAGAUACAAUGAAGACCGCCUCAGGCAUCCAAGUCAGGGAGUUUGCUUUGGCAAGUGAAAUAUACUAUACCCUUUUGUGCCUUCUAAGACACUGGUGGUGAUAUCUGGGUAUCUCCUCAACACCACAAAAACCUAUCUGCCAUCCAGACUCUAAAGUACUUAGCUCUAGACACUCACAACUGGCAUCACCCUCCUGGCCAAGGAUCUUCCUAUAACCUCCAUGGGAUAGGAUCCGAACCAAUGUCUGAGCUGUAUAGCAGACCAUGUCCUAAAUGAGAACAUAAAUGAAAGUCAAUCAGAAGAAAGAUGCCUGCCAAACUUGUACCACUCAGAAUGGAAUGAGGGGCUUACUCCUUUUUUUAUUUAAACCCUUACCUUCUGUCUUAGAAUCAAUACCAAGUAUUAGUUCCAAGGCAGAGAUAGGUAUGGGCUAGGCAAUGGGGGUUAAGUGACUUUGCGCAGGGUCACCAGGUAGACAGAAUUUCAACCCAGGACCUCUUUCAUCUCUAGACCUGGCUCUCUGGCACUGAGCCACUUAGUUGCCCCAAGAGGCUUACUCUUAAAACCAGGGUUGAAGUAUACCUCCAUUGCCCCUUUACAAAGAUAGCAUUUCCCCAAAGUAGUAAAGGGUCAAAAAUAAAUUUGACUUGUGACUGGGAGAAAAGCUGAGGUUCCACAUAAUUUCCUAUCCUUUCCAUUACCUGUUGUUCCAAGGUCAUGACUGUGUGUACUCGGAAGUUGCCACUUUCACAGGGAUCAGUAAUUCCUACAGAACCAGGAAGAAACAACCCUGCAGCCAAAAUCUGAAGGCAUCGCCUGGGACAGAAGAGAAAGUGUUAGAGUUGGUGAAGACAGGUCCUUGCUCACCCUAAGGAAUCAGGAUAGUUCCUAGGACUAAGUCCUAUACCUGUAAGCCACAUUGAGGGCCAAGGGCUGUCUGGUAGGAUUAUUCAUCACAGCAUAGUGGCCCUGGAAAAGACAAGACAUUUGAUAGGGAGAACUUCUGAGAACCAAACUGAUAAAUUUACUGUCAAACCAACAUAAAACUGUCAUACUGCAAUAAGACAAAUCACAAGCAGAUAUAAUCUUUCUCAAAUUUGUUUCCAGGCAGCUAUGCCUUGAAGGCCAGGACUCCUUAGGUCUUCCUAAAUAUCAACAAUGGGUCACUAUUUACUUGUCCAUAGUCUAACUUAAAUCUCAAAUAAUUUUUUGAAAUUCUAAUGGCUUUCAAAGUUAUCACUGAAUAAAUACAUAGAACUUUAA